AUGGUGGAACCCAAGCCGCUGCAGAAGAAGGCAACUCGCCCACCGUCUUGGCAAGCACCUCCCUUACUGGCUUCACAGGUGUUUCCGACUCACAUGGCAAACCCGAUGGUGCAAGCCCUGUAUCUGCACUGGACUGUUACCCAAUGGGGCAGAAGAGCCAAUGUGGUAAUUAACUGUGAGUCCCUUUCCCAGGAGACCCUGAGGAAAGCGAAGGAGAUUGGCUUCUCAGAUAAGCAGAUCACAAAAUGCCUAGGACUGACUGAGGCCCAGAUGAGGGAGCUGAGACUGUAGAAAGGCAUCCGCCCUUGGGUUAAACAGAUUGAUACACUGGCUGCAGAAUACCCAUCUGUAACAAAUUACCUGUAUGUGACCUACAACGGUCAGGAGCAUGAUAUCAAUUUUGAUGAGCAUGUGGUGCUGGGCUGUGGUCCUUAUCACAUUGGCAGCAGUGUGGAAUUUGAUUGGUGUGCUGUCUGCAGCAUCCGUACACUGCGUCAGCUUGGCAAGAAGACAGUGGUGGUCAAUUGCAACCCUGAGACCAUGAGCACUGACUUUGACGAGUGUGACAAACUGUACUUUGAAGAGUUGUCUUUGGAGAGAAUCCUGGACAUCUACCAUCAGGAGGCAUGCAGUGGCUGCAUCAUCUCAGUUGGGGGUCAGAUUCCAAACAACCUAGCGGUCUCUCUGUACAAGAAUGGUGUCAGGAUCAUGGGGACCAGCCUGAUGCAGAUCGACAGGGCUGAGGACCAGUCCACGUUCUCAGCUGUCUUGGAUGAGCUGAAGGUGGCCCCGGCACUGUGGAAAGCUGUUAACACUUUGAAUGAAGCACUGGAAUUUGCUGAGUCUGUGGGCUACCCCUGCUUGUUGAGACCUUCCUAUGUAUUGAGUGGGUCUGCCAUGAAUGUGGUGUUCUCCAAGGAUGAGAUGAAUACGUUCCUGGAGGAGGCCACCAGGGUCUCUCAGGAACACCCAGUGGUGCUGACAAAGUUUAUAGAAGGAGCCCGGGAAGUAGAAAUGGAUGCUGUUGGCAAAGAUGGACGGAUGAUUGCGCACGCCAUCUCGGAGCACGUGGAAGAUGCAGGUGUUCACUCAGGAAAUGCCACUUUGAUGCUGCCCACACAAAGCAUCAGCCAAGGAGGCAUCGAAAAGGUGAAGGAUGCCACCCGGAAGAUUGCAAAAGCUUUUGCCAUCUCUGGCCCAUUCAAUGUUCAAUUUCUUGUGAAAGGAAAUGAUGUCUUGGUGAUUGAGUGCAACCUGAGGGCUUCUCGAUCCUUCCCCUUCGUUUCCAAGACCCUUGGGGUUGACUUCAUCGAUGUGGCCACCAAGGUGAUGACCGGUGAGCAAAUUGAUGAGCAGCACCUCCCGAUCCUGGAGCGUCCCAUAAUUCCUGCUGACUAUGUCUCGAUUAAGGCUCCAGUGUUUUCCUGGCCUCAGCUGAGGGAUGCUGACCCCAUCCUCAGAUAGAUGGCUUCCACUGGAGAGGUGGUUUGCUUUGGUGAAGAUAUUCACACAGCGUUCCUAAAGGCAAUGCUUUCUACUGGGUUUAAAUUACCACAGAAAGGUACCCUCAUUGGGACCCAGCAAUCAUUCCGGCCAAGAUUCCUUGGUGUGGCAGAACAACUACACAAAGAAGGUUGUAAGCUCUUUGCUACAGAAGCUACAUCAGACUGGCUGAACGCCAACAAUGUCCCUGCCAGCCCAGUGGCAUGGCCAUCUCAGGAAGGACAGAACCCCAGUCUCCCUUCCAUCAGAAAAUUGAUGGAAGACAGCAGCAUCGACCUAGUGAUUAAUCUUCCCAACAACAACACGAAGUUUGUCCAUGACAAUAACGUGACUCGCAGGACAGCCAUUGACAGUGGGGUUGCUCUCCUCACUAAUUUUCAGGUGACCAAACUGUUUCCUGUGGCUAUGCAGAAAUCUCGCAACGUGGACUCCAAGAGUCUUUUCCACUACAGGCAGCGCAGCACUGGCAAAGCACCCUAAGAAGCAGACACCACAGUUCCAUUCUCCAGUCAUCCAGGCCAUGUUUUAUCAAAGAAACUGAUUCCUCACUUCUUUUCCCGCAGAUGAAUAUUGAUGUGAAGCUCAUUGGACUCCACUCUAUAGUACCUUAUUCUGUAUCUUUCACAGUUAAUUGUCAGUCACUUUUGCAAAAUCUUAUUUAGAGUUCUUCCUACAUAGCUUGUUCCUUAAGUGAUUUUACCAUUUAUUAAUGCUUUAUAUUGGGUGAUUGAGGCUUAUUUUUGCACAUGGAGUUAACAUUUUAUGGUGCUGAUUAAUGAUGAUCAAGAUAGAAAUGCUGCCAUUCUGUCUUCUGAACUCUCUGUGCUUUAAACAUAUUUUGCCAUUGUUUUUAAGGAGUAUCUUCCACAUGGAGGACACAUUAACAGGGCAGAGUACUAUAAAAUUUGGUAAAAUGAAAGAUAGAUUUAAUUUAUAAACUUUUCCAUUAUGAUGUUUGUAUGUUGCUUUUGAUAAUCACUCUCACCUAUCUGAGAAGAUUAUUUUUCAUUCCAUGAUACCAGAUUUGAAAAAUAUGAUGAGAUCUUUAUAGAUUUUUAUACAGGAUGCUUUUUUCCAAGUUUUUUUUUUUUCAAUGAAAAUAUGUUGGCAGAUGGUAGAAAACACUGAGUGACUGUAGGUUUGGUUUUUUCCUUUGACUUUUAUCUUGGGCCAAGUGAAAUCUUUAGCUAUUUGUACCAUUCACCUGCUUUGCUAAUUUUGCCAUAAUUUAAUAAUUUCCCACAGAUGAUAGAUUUUAUUAAUCUACGGAGUCCUACAGUGCACUGUGAAUUCCAUACAUGCUACAUUCUUCUGUGUUUCCAGAAAAGUACUUUCAGGGCAGCCUUUGUUGCUUUUAAAUGUGUUGUGUUAUUACAAGUGCUCUAAUUGUGAACUUUUUAAUAAAAUAAUAUUGAAAUAAAAAAAGAAAAAAGAA